AAUGGCGGAACUAACAAGCAUUAUGUGAGGGAAUGAAAACAUUGACUGAUUUCUUUAAGAGUUACAACCUUGGUUAUGCAAAGAGAAAGAGGGCUGCUGACAAAAAGCGAUGUAACGUCUAACGGAUCAGUAGACCUUAAAAACAACAGCGAUGUCAAUGCGCGAUGUCAAAGUUUGCCUCCUCGGGGAUUCUGGGGUGGGAAAAUCCAGCCUGGUGAUGAGAUUUGUUAUGGAUCAGUUCAAACCUGCACUGGAGAGUACAAUAGGAGCUUCAUUCAUGACAAAAAAUUUGGUGCAUGGUGACAAGACUUUCAAAUUCCAGAUAUGGGACACAGCUGGUCAGGAAAAGUACCGGGCUCUUGCCCCUAUGUACUACAGAGGAGCAGCAGCCGCUAUUGUUGUGUAUGACGUCACAAAAGAAUCUUCAUUCCAUACAGUAAAAGACUGGGUAAAAGAAUUACAUCGGCAUGGUCCGCCGAGAAUAGUGCUGGCCAUUGCAGGAAACAAAUGUGAUUUAGAAGAUCUCAGGGAAGUCAGCAGAAAAGAUGCUAAGGACUAUGCUGAAGAGAUUGGGGCUGUGUUUACGGAGACUAGUGCCCUCACUGCGGCUAACGUGCCCGAACUCUUUUCUCAGUUAGCCACAAAACUGCCGUCUGACGUCGAGCCUGCGAACCAGUAUCGCCCACGAAGUACCAUCAACAUCCAUCAACAGAGUCCAGAAAGGCGAAGAAGAGGUUGCUGUGGAGGGGGAGGUAACUCUGCCGCCAACUCUACCCCUGAGUCUCAGGCAUUCAGAUAGUACCUGUGGUUUUAUAUUUGUGAUGAAGAUGUAGAUAUCAUAUAAAUAUGUAUUUACUUCAUACACUCCUGUGAUGCAUUCUAGCUUUCUGUUGCACAAAAACAAUGCUGUGUAAGAUUUUUUGUAUGUGUGGCACAACACUGAUUUAUGGAGGACUCACUUUAAGGCCUUUCACCAAGUUUGCCGUGAGUUCAGGCCCGGCACUUUUCUAUUCUGUAUUCAGUUAUGUUUAUUUGUUAGCACCUGUGUGAAAAAUUUUACACAGUAUUAAAUGUCUUUCUUACCUGUAAGAAAAGAAAUAAUGAAGUCUCCUCUAGAGAAAUACACAGAGCUUUUAUAGCUAAUGUUAUUAUGAACUUCCGAGUGAUUGGUUAUUCCCUAUGUGUUUUUGACAGGACUUAAGGUAUUGGACACAAUUUUGUCUAUAUGUAGCAGAGAAAGUGAAACUAAAACUGGAUGAAUUGCAUGUUACUAAAUGAUUCCAUUGCUAUCCAGCAGACUGCCAAUUGGUGAGCAGAUCACAUAACAUAGGUUCUACAACCAUCUCCUCUGGGAAACUACCCUAUUCUUGUACGGUACUACUUCCUUAGGCAAGCGAUGUGUAUUCAUUUUACACACACGGUAUGUGUAACUUAUCAUUGUUGUUGAUGGCAGUAUAUAUUUUUGUUGAAUUUAAUUUUUAGUGUGUAUAAAAAUAGUAAUUAAAUUAUUGUCAUAUUGGCACGUGAAUACAAAUGUGAAUAACAUUUAAACAUUGAAGUUUAACUACAAAUUCAGCUUUAAAGUUAAUAGGCAGUCCAUUCCACCACAGUCUUUCACUACUGUAAUGGUAAGUUUAAUUCUGACCCUGGUAUAGUUUGUGAGUUUGUGUUAGCUGCAAUUGUUCGUCUCAUUGGAAGAGCCCUGGCAUAGUUUGUGAGUUUGUGUUAGCUGCUAAUGUUCUUCUCACUGGAAGAGCCCUGGUAUAGUUUGUCCUGUUAGCUGCUAAUGUUCUUCCCAUUGGAAGAGCCCUGGUAUAGUUUGUGAGUUCGUGUUAGCUGCUAAUGUUCUUCCCAUUGGAAGAGCCCUGGUAUAGUUUGUGAGUUCGUGUUAGCUGCUAAUGUUCUUCUCAUUGGAAGAGCCCUGAUAUAGUUUGCGAGAUCGUGUUAGCUGCUAAUGUUAGCUGCU